GUCGCGGCGGAGCCGGCGCUGCGGCAGCGGCAGCGCGGCGGGGCGGAAGUCCUUUUGUUGCAGCCGCGGCGGCAGCGGCAGCAGCAGCAGCGGCGGGAGCGGCGCGGGAACAGCUCCCCGUCGGCGGCCGCCGCCUCUCCCCGAGCCGCGGGCUGUAAUCGAAGUACAAGAUGGCAAAAACCAGCCAUAGCAACUAUGUCCUUCAGCAGCUAAACAAGCAAAGAGAGUGGGGCUUUCUGUGCGACUGCUGCAUCGCUAUCGAUGAUAUUUAUUUUCAAGCACAUAAAGCAGUCCUUGCUGCCUGCAGCGCCUAUUUUAGGAUGUUUUUUAUGAACCAUCAAAACACUACAGCCCAGCUGAAUCUAAGCAACAUGAAGAUUAGCGCUGAAUGCUUUGAUCUUAUUUUACAGUUCAUGUAUUUAGGAAAAAUUAUGACAGCCCCUGCCAAUUUCGAGCAAUUUAAAGUGGCCAUGAACUAUUUACAGCUAUAUAACGUACCUGAGUGUCUAGAAGAUAUACAGGACACAGACUCAUCUAGUUUAAAAUGUUCAUCUCCUGCUUCUAGCACGCAGAUUAAUAAAAUGAUAUUUGGUGUGAGAAUGUAUGAAGACGCACUUGCUAGAAAUGGCAGCGAAGCAAACAGGUGGGGCAUGGAGCCACCAAGUUCAACGGUAAAUACAUCCCAUAACAAAGAGCCUGAGGAAGAAACUUUGCACCUCAACAGCUUCCCUGAGCAACUGUUUGAUGUCUGCAAAAAAAGCACCACGUCCAAAUUCUCUCACACGAAAGAGCGCGUGUCGCACUCGCGCCGGUUUGGAAGGAGCUUCACCUGCGACAGCUGCGGGUUUAGCUUUAGCUGUGAAAAGCUACUGGAUGAGCACGUGUUAACAUGCACCAACAGGCAUUCCUACCAAAGUGCCAGGUACUACAGUGCUGAGAAAAUAGACUUUAGUGAAAAGAACUCUACUUCUAAAAUGAUCUCCACACAAACAGAAAAAUACAAGGGGGACUCGAACCAUGCUGCGGACGAUUCAUCGUCUCCCGUGUCAAACAUCACGAGCAGAAAAAGCAGCACUGUUGCCUCCGAGACAUCAGGUGAAGAAGGAAGUAGAGCCUCUGAGAGGAAGAGGAUUAUCAUCAAGGUGGAGCCAGAGGACAAUCCUACGGAUGAGCUGAAGGAUUUUAAUAUUAUCAAGGUGGCAGAUAAAGACUGCAAUGAGUCUUCUGACAAUGACGACCUAGACGAUGAACAGGAAGAGCCGCUUUACAGAUACUACGUCGAGGAAGAGAUGAGAGAGAAGAGAAAUGCUCGGAAGACUCUAAAGCCUCGCUUAUCCAUGGAUGAGGAUGAAAGAAAGUGUUUGAAAAGUCCACGGCACCUUAACAGCAAGGCUUCUUCAGUGCAGGAAGAUGUGGAGAAUGCUCCCUGUGAACUUUGUGGUCUAACAAUCACUGAGGAAGAUCUGUCCUCUCAUUAUUUAUCCAAACACAUAGAAAAUAUAUGUGCUUGUGGCAAGUGUGGUCAAAUACUGGUCAAAGGCAAGCAGCUACAGGAGCAUGCACAGACCUGUGGAGAACCCCAGGAUCUGACCAUGAACGGGAUCAGAAAUUCUGAGGAGAAAAUGGACUUGGAAGAAAACCCCGAGGAGCAGUCAGAAAUAAGGGACAUGAUGUUUGCAGAGAUGCUAGAGGACUUCAGGGACAGUCACUUCCAAAUGAACAGCCUUCAAAAAAACCAGUUAUACAAGCAUUCUGCCUGUCCUUUCCGAUGCCCUAAUUGCGGCCAGCGUUUUGAUACAGAAAACCUAGUGGUUGAACAUAUGUCAAACUGCCUGGAGCAAGAUCUGUUCAAGAACUCCAUGUUGGAAGACAACGAGAGGGAUCACAGGCGUAAGCAUUUCUGCAACCUUUGCGGGAAAGGAUUUUAUCAACGUUGCCACUUGCGGGAACACUAUACCGUUCAUACCAAGGAAAAACAGUUUGUUUGUCAGACAUGUGGGAAGCAGUUCUUAAGAGAGCGCCAGUUGCGGCUCCACAAUGAUAUGCACAAAGGCAUGGCCAGUAGUGAAAUAGGGACUUCUAAGCUUCUGAACAACUGAGAGAACCAGAUUUGGAGAAGACAUGAGGAAGAACUGGUCGGCAAAAGAUUUCAUAAAAACUCAGAACCUCGUGUGCCAGAUCUGAAUUGGCACCACCUUUGCUUUUUUGACAUACUGCAGCAGUCGCAAAAGGCACCAAAGCAGUCAAAUUAGAACAUGCAGUAAAAGUUGUUUUGGACUCUUCUAUGUAUCAUAAGUCUUACUUCUUUGUGACUAUUACUUACAGCUGUAAGAAACAAAUUCAAAGUCUUUCAUGGAGCAAACAGCCAAAAGAGGCAGAUGCCAGGUGUUAAGGGCUGCACUGAAAUGAAUUUGCAAAAUUUCUGUCCACACGCUGGAGUGCUCCUUUUCUGAAAUGUGGCUUCUUAGAGUUGCUGUCAAAAACUGUGUAGAUUUUUUAGUUCAAACAUUACAAGUGUAUACUCAUGCACAGUGCUAAGCUAUCAAGUGUUAAAAAAAAAAGAGUUAAGUGGUGAAAAAAAAUCUUAAAACUGAGGACAGAGGGUCCCUGAGAAAGGACAGGAUGGUGAGAAAGAUCCAGCUGACAUGAUUUCCCCUGCUGCCAUGAUCAUCAUUUGCAAGCUGAAGAGGACCUUCCAUGGAGCACAGUGCUUGUAUGUGGAGAGUAAAGAAAUGGUGCUCUGGUCUUUUAAAAAGAAUGGUGAAAAUUUUUUACCAACAAGGAGAUGAGUAAAUGUAAAAUAAUCUUCACAGGGCAUAGGGGACACCUUGUUCUGGAGCUAAGCCUUGCAAAAGCUGGCUCAAAGAAGAGAAUCAGACGUUCAUGUUCAGAUUUGAACAUUUUAGGAAUAGUAAUGUUUCCAGCUAAAUUAAUGGGGGGAGGGAAAAACCCUAACUAAAAAAGCAAUAAGGCAGUAAGUGUUCCAAAUUAGGGCAAGCAUGAAUUAUAAAAAUAUCAAUUUCUUUUGCUUCCCUCAGACAAUAGUGGAUCAAAUUAAGACAUGUAAGCAGACUAAACAUGCUGAUUAUAUUCUGCUGUAGUUACAUAUUUUACUAAUUCUACUCAUGAUUAUAAAAGGAUGUUUCAUUGUUCACUAUAACUGUUAUCUCAAGAAGAGUCUGUCUAUAAUUUUAUUUAUAAUUGGCAUCAUUUUCAUUACUGUUGUUACAAAGUGUGUACAAUAUUGUCUGUAUUGCAGCUUGUAUAGGGCAUGUGUCUGUGCUUGCUUUACUCUUUUUGAGUUUAUAAAGUUACUAUACAAAUGCAAGAAAAUAUGUUCAGAUAUCUUUGAAUGUGGUUCCUUAAUCUAAUUACAUAGCCCCCAAUAUUUCAGCAUAUAGAUGUUGAAGGUAUCAGCUCUAUUAACACGUAACACCUCAAACAUUAAUGCAGGUAUUUGAAAAGCCUCCAGUGCAGCACUGGGAUGCUGACACUUUAGUCCCAGUGGCUGUAUGGAGUAAAGGAGAGGAUGGUGAAUAUCUGGGCAAAGCUGGAUACCACUGGGGACUCUGUAGGGAGAAGGCACAAGAUACCUAAGAGCAAAUGGGAUGUGCUUUCUAUAGAAAACAUGAAGGACUUUAAGGGCAGGACCACCACAAAGCAGAGGAGAGAAGGGAAUACAUUUAUAGCAUCACCUUCAACAAUAUACUAAGUGCAGGACAUCUAGAACAGGCUGUGACUGUUCUGUAACUUAGCAAUUGCUUCCAGUCUAUGUAGAGUACCAGUAAAGACAUUCCAGGUUAGUUAUCAUCAUCUUUAAAGCUUAUUCUGUGCUUUGCAACAGUAUCUUUAAUAAAAUACUCUUACAAA